CUCAGAAAAUGCAAGUGACAUUAACUGAGAGAUGAGCCCUCCUCCAGCUGGCAGAAUGGCGGUGUUCCAGAGGCUGAAGCUGCUUCUCUGGAAGAACUUCAUCCUGAAGAAGCGGAAGACGGUGGUGACAAUCCUUGAAGUCUUGAUGCCAUUCCUGUUCUCUGCGAUCAUAUUGUACCUUCGUUUCAACAGUGUGCCAAGAAGAAGACCAGCUUCUAACUACAGUGCAUUCGAUGUCAGUUCACUCCCAGAACUCUUCUUUAAUUAUCCUCAGAAAAGCAGACUUCAGCUGGCUUACGUCCCUUCCCAGAGCGAGGCCGUGAAGGCUGUCACAGAGAGGGUGGAGCAAGACUUCGACGUUGAGCUUGAAGUUCUAGGCUUCCCUUCAGUACCUGUGUUUGAAAAUUACAUAAUUAAGGAUCACAAAGCUUUCUACAUUCUGACAGGAAUUGUUUUUCACCAUAGAUUCACUGACAGAAAUGACUCUUUGCCACUUGAGGUUCAGUAUAGUUUACGCUUCAGUUACAUUCAGAGGAAUUUUUUACCACUUAGGCAUUUAUUCAUUCUUCAAGAUGACCCCGAAGGCUGGUGCACAUCCUUUCUUUAUCCUCCGAAUCCACUCCAAGAGCCCCGGAUGUACAAACAAGCUGAUGGCGGAAGCCCUGGAUACAAUAGAGAAGGCUUUCUGGCCAUCCAGCAUGCUGUGGACAAAGCCGUCAUGUGGCAUCACGCUCACAACACGGCAGCCGACAUGUUUGGCAGGCUCAGUGUGCUUCUGAAGCGAUUCCCGCAUGGGCCCUUCAUACAAGACCGGUUCUUCCUGGUGCUUCAGAAUGAGUUUCCGUUGCUGCUCAUGCUCAGCUUCAUCUGCGUGGAGCUCAUUAUCAUCAACUCCAUUUCUCUGGAGAAAGAGAAGAAACUGAAGGAGUACAUGUGCAUGAUGGGACUGGACAACUGGCUGCACUGGGUUGCUUGGUUCAUCAUGUUCUUCAUCUCUGUCUGCAUUGCAGUUUUUGUCAUGACCAUUCUCUUCUGCAUAGAGGUGAAUGGUGUUGCGGUGUUCACGAGCAGUGACCCUAUUUUGAUAUUUGUCUUUCUAAUGUGUUUUGCCAUUGCCACGAUUUUUUUUGCAUUCAUGGUCAGCACAUUCUUCCAAAGAGCCCAUGUUGGAACCGCUGUGGGAGGCAUCUUCUUCUUCCUCACCUACCUCCCGUACCUGUACCUCACUUUCAACUACCAGCAGAGGAGCCGCCUCCAGAAGAUCCUCUUCUGUCUCCUGUCGAAUGUCGCCAUGGCACUGGGGGUCCGAUUCAUCUCCGUGUUAGAAGCGGAAGGUCUGGGCGUCCAGUGGAAGGACGUGGGCAGUGUCCGUGGAGAGUUCAAUUUCACCCACGUGCUGCUGAUGCUCCUGCUGGAUUCUUCCCUCUACUGCUUGGUGGCCUGGUACGUGGAGGCCGUCUUCCCGGGCAAGUUUGGCACACCCAAGCCAUGGUACUUCUUUGCCAUGAAACGGCUGGCUGUGGGCGUUCCUGAGAAGUCUGUGACAGGCAAGGUCCUUCAGGAAGAGCCAACCGACUUGAUGAAAGGAAUCGAAAUCCAGCAGCUGUACAAGGUGUUUUACAAGGGAAGGAGCGAGCACAUAGCAGUGAAGGGUCUCACCAUGAACCUUUACCGCGGGCAGAUCACCGUGCUUCUGGGACACAACGGAGCAGGGAAAACCAUGACCUGCUGGAUGCUCACAGGUCUUAUUCCCUGUUCAGGUGGACAGGCAUAUAUCAACGGAUAUGAAAUUUCACAAGACAUAGCUCAAAUUAGGAAGAGUAUGGGCUGGUGCCCCCAACAUGAUAUCUUAUUUGAUAACUUCACAGUGGCAGAACACCUUUCUUUCUAUGCCCAGCUGAAAGGCCUGUCACCCCACAAGUGCCCCGAGGAAGUCAAGCAGAUGCUGCACCUGCUGAGCCUGGAGGACAAGCGUGACUCCCGCUGCCGGUUCCUGAGCGGGGGGAUGAAGCGCAAGCUGUCCAUCGGCAUCGCCCUCAUCGCGGGCUCCAAGGUGCUGAUUCUGGAUGAGCCCACCUCGGGCAUGGACGCCAUCUCCAGGAGGGCUGUCUGGGACCUGCUGCAGCAGCAGAAGAGCGAGCGCACCAUCCUGCUGACCACCCACUUCAUGGACGAGGCCGACCUGCUGGGGGACCGCAUCGCCAUCAUGGCCAAGGGGGAGCUGCAGUGCUGCGGGUCACCAAUGUUCCUCAAGCAGAAAUAUGGUGCAGGAUAUUAUAUUACUUUACUGAAAAAACCUCACUGUAACACAGAGACACUUUCUCACCUGAUUUAUCAUCACAUACCAAAUGCUGUUUUGGAGUCCAGCGCUGGAGAAGAAGUAAUAUUCAUACUUCCUAAAGAGAGUGUGCAUAGGUUCGAAUCUCUGUUUAAUGACUUGGAACUACAGCAGGCAGAGCUGGGCAUCGCCAGCUUCGGGGCCUCUGUCACCACCAUGGAGGAUGUGUUCAUUCGGGUUUGUACGUUGGCAGACUCCAGUGCAAAUCUCCCGAGCAGCAAACGCUCCUCUCUCCGUCCGCAUCCCCUGGUUAGCAGAGUUCCUGUUGACAGAAUUAAACACAUUCAUUCAAGGAUCUACUCCAUACACAGUGGCCUACCGAUCAGACUAAACACUGGGUUCCAUCUUCUGUGCCAGCAGUUCUAUGCCAUGCUCCUGAAAAAAGCGAUAUAUUCUUGGCGCAACUGGAUGUUGAUGCUGUCGAUGCAGAUCCUGGUGCCUCUGGUGGUCAUUAUGUUAAGCCUCUUCCUCUUCAGCUUCAAAGAAAGGAGCAUGGCAAGCGUCCCACUGGAGCUGACUCUGAAAACAUACGGUCGGACCGUUGUUCCAUUCUCUGUUUCUCAGAACCCCAGGUUGGAUCCUCAGCUUUCAGAACGCUUUGCAAAUAUGCUUGUGGCCGAGGGACAGGUUCCUCUGGAGGUCCCAGGUUCUCUGGAGACAUUCCUACUGAAAAAGGCAAAAGAGGAACCCGAAGAUUUUAAUAAGUUCUACCUUGUGGCAGCCUCCUUCAAAGACGAGGGGAACCAAACCAUAGUGACUGCGCUGUUCAACAACCAGGCGUACCACUCCCCUGCCCUGGCUCUCAGCCUGCUGGACAAUUUCAUCUUCAAGUUGCUUUCUGGUGCUGGGGCUUCGAUAAUCACCUCCAACCAUCCUCAACCUCAGUCAGAGACGGAGAUCUCUGAGAGUGUCCUGUACCAGGGCCCUAAAGGACAUUACCUUGUUGUCAACUUGCUUUUUGGAAUAGCCUUUCUGUCUAGCUCUUUUUCCAUCUUGACUGUCAGAGAGCGGCGAAUUAAGGCCAAGCACAUCCAGUUUGUCAGUGGUGUUUACUUGUGGGCUUACUGGCUCUCCGCUCUGCUCUGGGACCUCAUCUCCUUCCUCGUCCCCACUCUGCUGAUGGUGGUGGUGUUUUUGUACUACAAUGAAGAAGCAUUUACACACCGUGGAAACAUCCUUGCUCUUGUCUGGAUGCUGAUUCUCUACGGCUGGGCUGUCAUCCCCCUCAUCUACAUAAUCAGCUUCUCCUUUGAAAGUGCCAGCCACGCCUGCGUCAAGCUGGUCAUCAUGCUGACCUUCUUGAGCAUCGGCCCCAUCAUGCUCGUCGCAGUCACGGCCGAGCAAGACCUGGGCUAUGAAGCAAUCUCGGAGAACCUGGAUCACGCAUUCCUCGCACUCCCGGGCCACUGCCUGGGGAUGGCUUUCUGCAACUUGUAUUACAACUUCGAACUACAGAGGUUUUGUAGUGUCAAGAACCUGAGCCAGGCUGAGUGCAAUGAAGCUUCAGAAAAAUAUGUGGUCCAAAAGAACAUCUACGCUUGGGAGUCUCUGGGGAUAGGGAAGUACCUGACCGCCCUGGCUGUCUCGGGACCCGUGUACAUCAUCCUGCUGUUCCUCAUUGAAACCAGCGCGUUCUGGACGCUGAGAGCCAGGCUCUCUGACUUCUGCGGGAAGCCGAGUUCGGUGAUGCUGUUCAGUGUACCGUCAGCACCUGAGGACCAAGAUGUGGCCAAGGAAGCAGAAACUAUCAAGGUGCAUUUGGAAAAGUUGUGCAAGAAAAAUCCCCUGGUUGUUAAGGAAGUGUCAAAGGUCUAUGAGAACAAGGUGCCCGUGGUGGCUGUGAACAAGGUGUCCUUCACUGUCCAAGCGAAGGAAUGCUUUGGCCUUCUCGGCCUCAAUGGAGCUGGGAAGACGUCCAUCUUCAAAAUGCUGGCCGGGGAGAAGCCAGUGACUUCUGGGGAGGCCUUUGUCAGGGGUGUCAGCAUCAGCUCUGACCUAGAGAGAGUGCGGAAGUGGAUUGGCUACUGCCCCCAGUUUGAUGCUUUGCUGAACUUCAUGACAGGCCGUGAGACACUGGUCAUGUACUCCCGGAUCCGAGGCAUUCCCGAGCGCCACAUCAGCACCUGUGUGGACCAGAUUCUUGAGGACUUGGUCUUGCACAUGGAUGCUGACAAGCUAGUAAAGACCUACAGUGGGGGCAACAAGCGCAAGCUGAGCACGGGCAUCGCCCUCCUCGGAGAGCCUGCGGUCAUCUUCCUGGACGAGCCGUCCACGGGCAUGGACCCCGUGGCCCGCCGCCUGCUCUGGGACACCGUGGCCCGGGCCCGCGAGUCUGGCAAGGCCGUCGUCAUCACCUCCCACAGCAUGGAGGAGUGCGAGGCCCUGUGCACCCGGCUGGCCAUCAUGGUGCAGGGUCAGUUCAAGUGCCUGGGCAGCCCGCAGCACCUCAAGAGCAAGUUCGGCAGCGGCUACUCCCUGCAGGCCAAGAUCCGGAGCCAAGGGCAGCAGGAGGCGCUGCAGGACUUCAAGGCCUUUGUGGACCUGACCUUCCCAGGCAGCGUCCUGGAAGAUGAGCACCAGGGGAUGGUCCACUACCACCUGCCCGGCCACGACCUCAGCUGGGCGAAGGUGUUUGGCCUUCUGGAGGCAGCUAAGAAAGUGUACCAGCUGGACGACUACUCCAUCAGCCAGGUCUCGCUGGAGGACAUCUUCCUGAGCGUCGCCUACCCCAUGUCCUCUCCCGAGAGUGACCCCUCCGUGCCCCACGCCAGCUCUGUGCUAGUGCCCCGUUCACAUCCUGUCCCUCGGCCAUACCUCCCUCAGGGCCAGGGGCGGCUCAUCCUGCAGCGCGACCCGAGAACCGGGGACACUGUCGCAGCCGUGAUCACCGCCUUCCAGGCGCCAGCCAAGCCGACCCCGGCCGCGCGCGGGCAGCAUCGCCCUUCCCGCCCGGGGCCGCUGGGGCUUCCUGGCGCCCGCGAGGCCGAGUCGCCAGAGGAGCUGCUGGGCGGCGGCGGGGGUCGCUCCGGAGAGGCGCAGGCGGAGGGGCCGGGGAGGCCACGUUUCAGGGUAGACGGACCGAGACCCCAGCCCCGUGCCUGGGGCCCUGUGGGCACCGCAGCAGGCGGCGAGCGCUGGGCACGCCUCGGGACCCGGAGCGAACCUCCGAACCCGCCGCGGCGCUCGGGGACCCCGGCCCGGGACCCAGGGGGCGGGGCGGGCGUGCGGGCUCCGCCAAUCAACGGCCAGCGUUCGAAUUCGCGUCCCGGCCCGGCCAAUUGGGCGGGGUGA